UGAGUGGAGAGUGGUAGAUAUAGUGGGGAGGGAGGCGGUCCGUGCGCACGCAGGCGCCUCAUCCACCGUCACUCACACUCACCACUCUCAAGAAUGCCUGCCAAUAGGAGAUGGUCAUCAAGUUUCAGAGGUACCGGUAUCCAAAACAGGUUUGGAAGUAAUCGUGGAUUUCAAGACAACAGUAGUCUAGGCCGUGGAAACAUGGGUGGCAGUAGUGAUUUUGGGGCAGGCUACACUCGUAGAGACAGAAGUGGCAGCCAGUUUGGCGGGAGAGGUGCAAUAGAAUAUAGCAGCCAGGGCUUUGGACCUUCUGGCAUUGUAUACAAUCAGGGCAGGAACAUGAGUGCCAUGAGCUCAAACAACCCAAUGGUAAAUCCUUGGGCAAGUGGUGUAAUUCCGAUGGGAGGUGCUGGGAUUGGAAGUCACGGUGGAGAUUUCCUACCACCUACUGGAGGAUCGGGAACAAGUCUCCUGGGAGAGUAUAGAGGAGGAGGAGCUGCAGACCUGGUUGGCUCCAUCAGACAUCUCAGUCAAAUGAAUAAUCCUGAGUCAAAGCUUGCACUAAAUAUUCUCAAUACAGUGCUAUCUACACGGGCUUCUGAGAGUCAAAAUCAGAUUGGCUGGAGUAGUGGACCUCCUGCCAAUAAAAUGAUGUGCAUGGAUGUGGGUGGGGGUUAUGAUAACUACCGAGGUCAGACACUUGCCCCCUCAAUGCAUCAACCAGCACGCAAGUUCCCUCAACGCGAUCAUCAGUUUGGCCCUCGUCGGGCUGGCGACAAUCUUUCUCCCCGUCGAGGCAGGGGUGGCCGUUUCUUAGGUCAGGCCGGUCGUCAGAUGACGACUGAGCAACAGUCAAAGAAAACAUUAAAUGUCAAGAAGGGAACAGCCAAGAAUAGUAAGGGCCUUGAGAAGGAGAAGGAUGAGGAAUCAACACCAGCAUCAACAGGUGAUCAAAAAGGAGAUAAAACUGAGGGUGAUGGUUCCUCAGCUACAGCUGACCCCAAACAGAGUGGCAAGGUACUUGAAGACACAGAUGAUGAUGAUGAUGAUGAUGAUGAUGGAAUAAAGAAAGAGGCACAAAGCAUUGAUAGUUCUGCUGAAACUAAAGACACGAGUGACAGCCAGGAAAGCAAGUCAAGGAAAGACCCACCACCAAAAUUCAGAUCGGAUGGUUUGAUACCCAAAGAGGCUCUGCAGUGUCAUAUGUGCAAUUUUUACCAGUUUAAUUCUCUCCAGGGUUUCAAGAAUCAUUUAGAAAGCAGGAACCAUGAGCAGAUGGAACGUUCUUUUCAUGCCAAAGGUGUUGCUGUUCUCAAUCUCUUAAGGGCACAAGCCAAGGUGUCUUCACAAAGAAAUAUUCUGAAAAUGCGGAGGAUGGGCAUGAAGGGCCGCAUCUCAACAUGUCCAAAAUGUGAUUGCUCCUUCAUGGGAAGCAUUUACGAUCACAACAAAACUAGAGAGCAUUAUUUGAUCAAUCAUUACACAAAAUGCUCACCGUGCCGUAUCUGGUUUGACAACAGAGCUGAUUUGGAAAAGCAUCGCCUCUCUCAUUUGCAUCUAAAGAAACAAAUGAAGAUUGAUGCAGAUAGGUUGGAGAAAGCCUCGAAGGCUAAGAAGACAGAAGAGGACAAAAUUCCAGAACAUGAAUCAAUGAAAAAAGUGCAUGAUGCUGUCGCUAAACUGAAGAUUACCCACAGCAUAAAAAAUGUGUGGAACAAAAACCGUAUACCAUUUUAUGAUCCUGCUGUGCCCAUAGGUUUGAACUUCAUAAUGAAGAAGUCUAAUUACUAUUGCAAGAUAUGUCCCAACAAAACAGUACAGUCUGCUAAAGAGGCACUAGCCCAUUUUUGUUCACGUGAGCAUUAUGGUACUUAUGCUGCUCAUCUUAAAAGCUUAGAAGAGAAAAGGAAGCUUGAAGAGAUGAAGGAAGAGGAGAAUGUGGAUGUAAAUGAGCAGACAGACAGUAGUCCAGAAGAAAAGGAGCAUGACGAGAAAGAUACUCUGUCGCAGGAAAAAGAGAAACAGAGUGGAGAGGCUGAUGGUGGUGAUGAUGCUGAUGGUGAAGCUGAUGGUGAUGCAAAUGAUGUGGAAAUGGUGGAUGAAGAAACUGACAAAGCCAACGUGAUCACAAGCUCAAGUCCGGCUAAAAAGACACAGAAGAAUGGUGAUGAAUACUAUGGGGACAUAUUAGAUAGAUUGGACCUUGAUAUGAUGGAACAAGAUGACACUGAUGAUGAACAAGAGGCAGAUGCUGCUGAUGCUGCCAAAACUUCAUCCAAAACUGAUGACAGGAAUGGACAAAACAACACCGACAUUUUAAAUAAAAAUGAUGGUUCUGGAUCAUCAGUGAUUGAGGAAGCAUUGUCCGACUCUGAUGAAACAAAGAAAAAUGGCUCGCAUUCGUCUGGUGUGAAGGAUGAUAAGAGUUCUAGUAGUAGAAAAGAUAAAGCUGGAAAUGGCGUUAAUGCUUCAACUGUUGAAGUAGAUGAUGAAACCAAAAGUGAUGAAGGGGAAAAAAGUGAAGAUGAAUGUGAAGCUCCCUCUACACUUUCCACACCUCGGCGAAAGGCAAGAGGUAGAGGAAGGGGAAGAGUACGUGGCACAAGGAAAUAAAUACUUUCAGAGGACUACAUGAAUUUCAUACAUAAACUAGAAUUGCACAUUAACAACCAACACUAAGUAAUAAGCCAUGGAAAUGUUUGCUGUUGCUAUAUGACUAUUGUAGAGGCACACAAGAUGACAUUUUUAAAGUGUACUUUGAAAAAUAUUCUUGAAUUUGCAACAGUUUACUAGAUUUUCAUUGCUUUAAUGCUUUGUAACUACUUGUUUUACAUUCGUUCUAAAUGGAUGUCGUAGUAGACAAUUCCCAUUUUAUUCUUCCUCUUUCACAGAGUUAGGGUUUUGUUUCCAUAUCCAUACUCUGUCAUUAUCUGUGGAAAGAUUGUAGUAUAAAAUAAACUAUUGUAAUUAAGGUAAAGAGUUUUGUGUGUUGAAGAAUGUUUGGGUUGCUUUUUACCAAUGUUAUUUUAUCGCUACACUGUACUAUGUACAUGACUUCAGUUUACUUUUAGUAUAAAAUAUCGAGAAGCCAUUGUAGAAGAAAGAUAAAAGCUAAAAAAUAUUCAGUGCUGAAGUGUGAUGUUUCAAGUCAGAAAAACUUGAAAUAUGAGGUUUCAGGGCAGAACAAUGAGAGAUACAGGAUGAUUUGCUAGACGAAUAGAGAAAAAGGAACAUUUCAACAGGAAAUAAAAUCAUUAAGUAUUUAAAAGUAAGCUGAAAUAAUUUUAAUAAAUGAAUGAAUGUGUUACUAAGUAAGAUUGUCAAUGUUGAGAAUGCAGAGUUUUGUAGAAAUUCACUUAGUUGAUCUAAAUAAAAAAAUAAUAAAGUAAGUUCCAUACAGAUAUUUGUAUUUGUCAGACACGAUAUUGACCAGCUUAAAAUAUGGUAUAAUUUAAGAAUAAUUACAAUUUCAUUUUUUUUUUUUGUAAUUUUAAAGUCUUGUGCACUUAACAUGUAUGGGCUACUAUACAUAAAUGAAACAACUUUUUUGUUACUGUACCUGUAAUAUUAGCAUUUUACUGGAUAAUAUGGAUAUAAAUACUUGUAUAGUACAUUUGUCCAGCUUGUUACAAAAAACAAUUUUGACAAUUUUCAAGUGCUGGUAGAUUUAUAUUUAAUGUACGUAAUUCAGAUAUUGAUACAAGCUCUUAAAGGUAAGUACAAGUGAAAGAAUUUAUAUUAUUGACUUGUAGGUAGGAAAUAUUUAGAUUAAUACUGUGGUUGCAUCCAUUUUUGCUCUUAUAAUAUUAGGAAAUUUGUAUAGAAAGUAUAGAUUGCCAUUCUCAAAAUCUGAUUAUGGCAUACAGUUGCUAGUCUAAUAAACUUAGUUAUUUUGGAAACUGUAUGAUUUUCAAUACACUAGAAUUGUAGUAGUGGGAGUGUGUGCCAUAUAUGGUGUGGCAGUGCUUCUGCUGGAGUUGAUGUUAUACGAGAACAUUCAUCAUGUCGUACUUGUUUUAAAUUGUUAAUGCUAUCAAAAUGUUAGUAAAGUUACUGUAUUUUUGUUAAAAAUUUAAGUCAUGAGAUUGCAAUGAAGGCAUAGUGCAUGCAUCUCGUCUAUCUGUAAUAGUCUUUUUUUUUUUCUUACCAGUCAUUACAUUUGUGUUUUAUCUUUAUAAUUUGAUGUUUUAUUGUAACUCAAAAUGUAAUGAGGAUCACAUUUAUUUAAACAAAAUUUAUUUGCUCAGAGUUCAAUAAACAGAGAUGAAAUAUAA